GCCUCCACCGUGCGACUAAUUUUCCCUUAUCUCGGAUGUAUAUUUUCCAUAUUCGCCCCCUCCGUUGUCUCCGACGUCGCCCCGUUGACCGAAAAAAAAUAACCAUUAAAUGCGAUUUUCUUGAUAGAGAAUGUGAAAGAAAGCUUGAGAUCAUUUCGAAAAUUUGGAUGGGAUACUUUCUUGCAAGAAGUGAAUGAUUUUUGUGGGGCAAAUGACAUUUCAAUAACAAACAUGGAUGAUGAUGCUCCAAAGCGGAUUAGUAAGAGGAAUGGUUCAAACAUCAAGAACUACCAUCAUUAUCGCGUUGAAAUAUUUUGUCAGGUCGUCGACUUACUUACACAAGAGAUGGAAAAUCGUUUCUCUGAGGCAUCCACAGACUUGCUAAGUUGUAUGGCAUGCCUCGAUCCAAAAAAUGAUUUCGCUGCUUUUAAUGUUCAUAAGCUUGUUCAUCUUGCUACUCUUUACCCAAAGGACUUCACAUCGACCCAACAUACUGAAUUGUUUAAACAACUUGAAACUUUUGUUGAUGUUGUGAGAAGAGAUGCACGAUUGAAUGGUAUUGAAGAUUUGGCUAGCCUAUCUCAGAAGAUUGUUGAAACCAAGAAAGAUAAAGUUUUUCCGUUGGUUUAUUAUCGUCUGAUUGAGUUGGUAUUGAUCUUACCUGUAGCGACUGCAUCUGUUGAAAGAGUAUUUUCAGCAAUGAAAUUUGUCAAGACUGACUUGCGGAAUAAGAUGGGAGAUGAGUGGUUGAAUGACAGUUUGGUAGUAUACAAUGAAAGAUCCAUCUUUGCUAGUGUUUCUAAUGAAAGAAUCUUGAAACGUUUUCAAGAUAUGGAUACCCGUAGAAAUCAGUUGUCUCGGUUAACAGAUGCUAGAGCUACUUGA